CCUUCGUCUCCGCACGCCGGUUUCGCGGUUCCUUGCAGCCUAUAAAGCCGGCCGGAGCACCCAGCUCUGCACCCAUCUCAUCUCAAAGAGACACCACUAUCCAUCUCUCACCACCAACCUCCCUCUCCCUCGCCAAGAUGUCUACGGUGAACCGCGCCUACCUCGACCAGAGGCUCGCCGCCGCCAACCGCUGCUCCAAAGAGGCUGCCAUGGCGGGAGCCAAGGCCGCGGCCGUCGCCACUGUCGCCGCCGCAGUCCCCACCCUGGCGAGCGUGAGGAUGCUGCCGUGGGCCAAGGCGCACCUGAACCCAACCGGGCAGGCGCUCAUCAUCUCCACCGUCGCCGGGAUGGCCUACUUCAUCGUCGCCGACAAGACCAUCCUCUCCAUGGCCAGGAAGCACUCCUUCGACGACGCGCCGGAGCACCUCAAGAACAUCUCCUUCCACUAGUUAGAUCCACUAUUAGUAAUGCCCAAUAAACCGUGUAAGCCAAAGUGCAUAGCGUACAGUGAUCAGCAAGGGGGGUCAGGGAUGCUCCCGGAUAGUCUUGUACUGCGAGUGCAAUUGCUCAUUUCGUAAUAUAAUUUUCAUCAUGCAA